AGUCGACUUUUCGUUUCAACUAUAAAAGCCUUGUCCAUGGACAGUUUGACACUUUUGAUUUUUGUGUGUGAGAAAAAGUGAAAGAAAUAUCAACCAUCUCUUUCUCUCACACACAAAAUCAAAAGUUUCUCAACAUAAGUUUCCCAGUGUGAACCAGGUCUUUAAGAACCGUCACCUAAAUGUAGCAGUCGACAUUUGCAAUUAUUUAAAUUCCGUUUCCUCUAACGAUAACGGUUCCGUACAUAAAAAAACAUACUCUCUUCUAAAAGAGAAUUGUAAAGAAUUAAAAGAGAGAGCUUUUUCUCAACAUUUGGGGUAAAUGUAGCGUCGCCAAAACAAUAAUAAAAACACGCGUGAACAUAUCACAACAAUAAAAAAAUACAAUACGAAAAAAGCCACUCAAACGAGUACAAUAAUCUCUGUAGUUAUAUGGACGGAUAGAUGUUUAUAUUUUGUAGUAAUAUUAGUUGUACUUUGUUAUUAAAUUGACCUGCUAUCAGUUUUACGAUUAGUUAAAUUUCAAGCUUUUUUGAAUUAAAAGUUAUAAAAAUUAUUAAAAAUAAAAAAACAAACGCGAGUAUGCAAUCGAAUAGUCAAUGCUGAUUUAGUGUGGAAAUUAAGGUUGUGUUUUAUGGCUGCUAGUUUUUUAAGCAAACUGUAUAAGACCCCGAUAAAAUAAUAAUAAAAAAAUAAUGCAUUAUAUAGCGGCAUUGGAUGUGGGAACAACAACAGUACGUUGUUUUGUGCUCAAUGAAAAAUGUGAAAUUAGGGGUUCAGCUGUGGAAGCGGUGGAAUUGUUGAAUCCAAAACCGGGUUAUUUUGAAAUUGAACCAGAAGGUUUAUGGCGGAAAAUCGUUAGAGUUAUAAAAACAGCUGUGCAAAAUGCACAAAUUUCACCCUCUCAGAUUACCUGUCUGGGUAUCAGCUCACAACGUUGUACAUUUUUGACUUGGAAUCAUUUGACUCAAGAAUAUUUUCAUAAUUUUAUAACCUGGAAAGAUUUACGUUCCGAUGGCUUGGUUGACAAAUGGAAUAAUAGUUUUACUUUGAAAACCAUCAAUAGCUUGGCUUAUGCUUUGUAUUUAUUAACACGUAGCAAUCGUUUUCUGGCUGGCAGUGUUCUGAAAAUGAUGAAUGGCCAAGUUACAUUACGUUUACUGUAUGAGAUAAAAAAUAAUCUAAAAUUGAAAGAAGCUUUAAAAACAAAAUCUGCCAGAAUUGAGUUAUUGGAUUCAUGGAUUUUGUAUAAAUUAAGAUCGGGUAAUGGUGAGAAUCCUAAUGUUGAACAUAUAACCGAUAUAACCUCAUGUACCGCAACUGGUUUAUUUGAUCCCUUUCUGUUGGAUUGGUCACCAAUGAUGAAAUUUGUAUUUGGAAUUGAUAGUUCCCUACUGCCAAAAAUUGUUAAUAAUUCGUACAAACAUUUCGGACAUAUCAAUCCCGUCGACUUUGGACCCGAAUGGCAAAAUUGUCAAAUUCCUAUAACAUCAUCGAUUAGUGAUCAAGCGGCUGCUAUAUUUGGCUCACAAUGUUACACAAAAGGUGAUGUUAAAAUCACUAUUGGAACGGGAGCCUUUUUAGAUCUAAUAACAGGCAACAAGUGUCAUGCUUCUUUAAAAGGCAUGUAUCCUUUGGUAGCAUGGCAAUUUGAUGACACUACAUUUUGUGUUGAGGGUGCUGCCCAUGAUAUGGGCACAAUAAUAGCUUGGGGUCAGAAUUGUGGUCUAUAUGCAGAUCCAGCGGAAACUUCGAGUAUAGCAGAAUCAAUAACCGAUACAAAUGGUGUAUAUUUUGUACCGGCCUUCAGUGGUUUGGGGGCUCCCAUAAAUGAUCAUAAGGCGGCUAGCGGUUUUAUAGGCAUAACACCUUCCACCACAAAAGCGCAUCUAAUUAGAGCUUUAUUGGAAAGCAUCGUAUUUCGUUUAGUGCAAUUAUGUAGAACGGCGGAAGAAGAAACGGGACAGAAGCUUAAGAUUCUAAAGGUAGAUGGUGGUGUCUCACGUAAUAAUUUUGUCUGUCAAUUCUUAGCAGAUGCCAGCGGUAUACACGUGGAAAGAGCACGCAAUCCGGAAAGUAGUAUAAUGGGUGCCACCUAUGCUGCUGGCAUUAAUUUUGGCCUUUGGAAAACUUUUAAUGAUAUAAGUAAAUUUCGGGACAUAGAACGGAUCUUUGAACCGAAUAGAGAAAAAUAUCACGAAAUAUGUGAACGUAUGAAUAGUUGGCUUAAAGCUAUAGAACGUUUUGGUCAUUGGUAUUGCUAGUAUAAAGCUUAUGAGUUUAUGUAAAUAAUGUUUGUUUAAUUGCAUUUUUCAAACUUUUACAAGAAAAAAAUACUUAUAAAAAUAUAACAAGUAAGAAAUUAUAGUCGGGCAAGGCCGGUCAUAUAAUAACCUACACCUGUUACAAAA